UCAACAACAAACGGUACGACUAACUGUGUAGUGUCUAUGGCGGCAACGCAUAAAAUAAAAUGGAAAACGCAUUGUGUACCAAUAUAAAGAAGCUAUACGACAAUGGACUAUAUGAAUGCGUUAUACCAACAGCCAGCCUGUUGUGCACACUACUAAAAAAUGAUCGAAAUGUGGCUACGCUGGAGAUGGAAUACCAGGCUAUGAUGUACCUCAGCAAUGCCAACUACAAGGAGCACAAUUAUCGCACAGCCUGCAGUCAGCUGGAGGCCGUUGUCCUGCAGCGUAAGACAAUGCUGAGAUUCAAGAGUAGCUACCUGACGGCCAUUGAGAGUUCGUAUCCACAGUUCCAGGAUGCGGAGCUGCGCUAUAAGAUCGCCAUCUGUUAUCGCGAGAUGGGCGAAUAUAAUAUGGCAAUUAACACACUACAGGCCGUAAAGGCGCGCACACCGCGACUCAACAUGUUGCUCGCCCGGCUGCUGCAUCAUCAUGGACGCGGCGUCGGCAAGAAGGAGAAGGCGCUCGCCUACAAAGAUGUGCUGCGCGAGUGUCCCAUGUCUCUCACCUCCAUUGAGGCGCUGCUCGAGCUGGGUGUCGAGGGUACUGAGGUGCAUUCCAUGGUGGUGAAUGCCGCUGCCUUGCCAAAGAACAUCGAAUGGCUGAGCAGCUGGAUCAAAGGACACGCCCAGAUGUACGGCUGCAAGCACCGAGAAGCGUCACAAACGUUCCAGCAGCUGAACGAGACAAAACAACUCCACCAGAAUGAGCAUAUCCUGACGAAGAUUGGCAACUGUCUGUAUUACGACGGCAACUAUCUGCACGCUGAGCAGUAUUUAAGUCUGGCCAUGAUGCAGAAUCCGUAUAAUAUAAAUGCCCUCAGCUCGCUGGCCGUUGUGUACGAUCGCAACAAGAAGAAGCUGGAGCGUAGCACUCUGAUAGCCCCGCUCGAGAUGCGACGCACCCGAGAGUUUCGAUCCGCACACUGGUUCCUGCACGCACAGUUGACCUACUCGAAUAGCAAAUACGAACGUGCCCUAAGCUUCACGGAGCGCGCCCUGGACAUGGACGAGCGAAACAUCGAGGCGCUGCUACUGCGUGCCGGACUCUAUUUCAUGAUGAAGCGCCAGCGAGACGCUGUCAAUGUGUUCCAAAGUAUCCAAUGCCUGGCACCGUAUCGCUUCGAGGUGUAUAAAGGCCUGGUCGCCUGCUAUGUGCGUAUGAAUUGCAUCAAGGAGGCCCAAGCCACCUGCACCGUGGCAGUGCGGCAAUUCCCAACAUCUGCGCGCAGCUUCACCAUGUUUGCCGGCACCCUGUUCCGCCUGGCUAAUCCGAAUGCCGUGCGCAGUGCCAAACGGUUUGUGGAGAAGGGCUUGCAGAUCGAUGAGCGCUAUGCGCCGGGCAUUGCACUGUUAGCAACCAUUUACCAGGGUGAGGGGGAUAUUAAGAAGGCGAUUGCGUUGCUCAAGAAACAGGUGGAGUAUCGACCAGAUGCCAUGCUCUUUGCCAUGCUGGGCGAGAUGCUAAGCAAGGAGAAAGAUCUGGAUGCUGCUCUACAAUACUUUACGCUUUCAUUGAGAUUGGAUUCCACCUAUCAGCGUGCCUUGGAUGGCAUUAAUGCACUGCCCAAAGCAGCACGCAUGGCCAGCAGCAACAAAGCCAGCGACAAGGCUAGCGAAUCAAAUGGAGCAGCAGGCUCUAAUUGCACUGCAGCAGCUGCUGCCGCUACUGGUGCUGCCGCUACUGGUGCUGCUGCUACUGGUGCUGCUGCUACUGGUGCUGCCGCUACUGGUGCUGCCGCUGCGGCCUGCAGCGCGCCGAAUUUACAUCGAACCUGUAACAGAACCAAUCACGAUUGGCUGCUGGACUAUGAUGAGGCAGAGUCAUUGGAAUUGUCCUCACCAGCUGGGCCAGCAGAAGAUGCGGAAUCCGAUACAUUCUCGGAGCCCUUUUGGCAGGCCGUCGAUAGCGAAUUGACAAAUUAAUUGGAAUUGAGGGCCAACUACAGACGUUUUGUCUAGAUUCUGAAUUCCAUCAAGUGUAGGCUUAGUUAUUUAAUUUGAAUGUUAUUUGAAGAAGCAAAAUCUAUUUAU